AUGCCUGACGAAUUCCCACAAGUUCAAGGCGGAGGCUCCUUGAUCGUCGCAUGGCAGAUCAAGAACAAGAAUGUACUGGUCGUCGGCGGCGGCGAGGUAGCUGCUGGCCGGAUACUCUCCCUUCUCAACGCCGAUGCGCGCGUCACAGUCGUUUGCCCUUCCGCAGGGUUGAAUGCCGAAGUUCGCUAUCGCGUCAGUCAACGACAAGUUACGCACAUCGAUCGCGUCUUCCUACCACUGGACGUCGAGCCGACGAAGAAUGUCGCGAUGGUGCUCACCGCAAUCGAUGACCCCAUUGCUUCCACGCGAAUAUGGAAGUACUGCAAGAAGCUCAAGAUACCCGCCAACAUCGCCGAUGUACCACCUGAGUGUGACUUCUACUUCGGCAGCGUCCAUCGCGACGGUCCACUGCAGAUCAUGGUCAGCACAAAUGGAAACGGACCACGAAUUGCAGCAGCAAUCAGAAGACGAAUCGCAGACAUGCUGCCGCAAGGCACGGGUGCUAGCAUUGCCAAAGUGGGCCUGCUAAGGAGGAAGUUGAGGAAGAAGGUACCAGGCACCGGAACAGAAGAUAUCCAGAGGAGGAUGGCCUGGAUGAGCCGGGUAUGCGACGACUGGGAAGCAGACGAUCUGGGCGAGCUGGACGAUGAGGAUAUGGCGGAAUUGGUUAGUCACUUUGAGACGAGCAGCGUGCCGAGUUUUGAGGACAUUCGGCUCAAGAGCUGGGAGAAGCGCAAGGCUGGUGUUGUGUGGGACUGGGAUGGAAGUCCUGGAUUUGCUAUCUAG